UCAAGUCACCACAUUCAUUGUCUCUAGUCCAUCCAGGAUCAAAUAUCUUCAAUUGAUUCUUAAUAAUGAGACUUUUCCUUAAAAUAUUAAUUGGGAUCUUUCCUAACAAUUGGAUUUUAUUUCCCAGAAGUUGUAAGUUCCUGUUGUGUAUAUCUCCACAGCAUUUGUUGUACAAAAUACAUCUUCUGUAAAUUGUAAUGUAACAUCUCUUAACAUUUGUUUUCCAAUUGGAUAUGAUAAAUCUAUUCCCCAAUCUCCUUCAAUCUUCUUGAAAAAGUUGAAUUCAUAACUAGUCAAUUCUAUCAACUUUGAAUCUUUAAAAUCCAAACUUUUCUCAGAGUCCCCUUGCCAACUUGUAUUUUUCAAGGCCAGCUCAUCUUUCAGGUCUUUCAGCGAUAAAUUACUAAAUUUACAUCUAAAUAAAGUUAGAUGUAAAUCAAAUCAGAUCUCUUUCACUACCCAAAGAUUACCAUGUCUUCCAAGUGGAAAAAGUGGAAGUGAUUUAUGGGAACUAUUAAUAUAAUUUUAAAAAAAAACAUUAAAAACCUUUAAAAUCCAGCAGAGGGUUAAACUAAAUCAGCAUUCCCCCAUUAAUUAAUUGAAGGUAAAAAAAAAGCGGGGGAAAUAAAAAACAUGGUAUCUGGACACCAUGAAAGCUGACAUCAGCCAAAGCAUGGAAAAACUCAAAGCAAUGCAAGAUCAGAAGAGAUGGGAGACUUGAUCCUUAGAAUCAAGUCUGACUGAAGACAACCCUUUUGCUGCCUAAUGUUGGUAAGUUUCUUUUUUGCAUUCUACAUACUUAUUUCAUAUGUCUUUAGUAUAGCUAUUAGAAAAUACAUUUUAGAAAGUAUGUACUGCUAUAUUAAAAUUAGUGUUAAUAAAAUUAUUAUUAACUUUUAUGAACUACCUUGAAAGUUAAUUUAGUUGAAUAAUGGCCGUAUUUUCUUAUUCAAAUGAUUUGUAUUUUCCCUAUAGGGAAGAAAUAUUCUAUUAAGUUCGACUGUUGGUAGAAUAUUUUCUAUAAGACUACCUCCUCCUGAACCGAGAAAACGCUUCGCACAAAACCGUCUUGAACGAAGUCUACACCAAGCUGAAAGAGUCACGCUUUUAAAAGGCGCUUCUAGAAAAUGCAGCAAGUUGGGAGAUCUGCUCAGUCACGGAGAACAGCAACUGCAAGCACCGCGCUUUAUUGCUUCCAGGAGACAGACUGCAGCAAAAGACGACAAAGCAACGGCUCUCUUUUCCCCCUCCCGAAACCGUCAGUACAGAUUUCAAACAUCAACGGCUGCAGAAAGCGCCGCCCCUUCUAACCAGGUGUCCUCUAACAACGUCAGUUAGAGAGACUUAGUACAGGGUACUGCGCGUAUUGCCGCGUAAGACCUUUCCAUAGCCAUUCCAGUGUAAUAAGUCGAAGGAGAUCUUGUUUUCGUGCUUCCGCCUAGUAAGACGACAGGAAAGAAGAGGGGCCGCUCAUUCGCCGCCUUUUCGAAGGCUACUCGCCACAGCCAGUAAAAUGGUUUGCGCACGCGCGUCCAAGCGAACACCCGCUAAACCGCCGUGUUCGAUCACUUUGUAAAUACAGUCCUGCUUAACCCAGAGAUGCAUUUUGGGAUUUGUAGUCCGUACUCUCGCUUCUUUAAUGGGAGGCGGGACGGAAAAACUACUUUUCCCGAGAAGCCCCGGGGAAGAUGAGGCAAGGCGGAGGAGAAAAACAGCACUGGGGAAGGUUGUUGCUAUUGCAAUUUGGAAACAACCGAAAAGUCUACAGCAGGUUGAAAAGAGUGCGGAAAGGAGCAAACGGAGUUGACCUGUCCGUAGCUUUAGCAAGGAAGGAGACGGAAUUUUAAUUACUUCGGGGAGGCAAGAGUCUGGAGCCGCGGCUGCUUCGGGGGAAAAGCUUUGCUUUUUACAGAGAGAAAGGAGGCGGGAAGGUGACGUUUCUCGCUCUCCCCUCAGUGUCAGUCUUGGGAGCAAGAGGAACGGGCAUUUUGUACCACUCUCAUCUACAGGACUCGGGGCGUGUCCGACUUUGUCUUUCCCACAUUGCAGUGUAGCCUUUGCCCCCUUGGCAUUGCGAGGGGACUGCGAGAGCCCAAAGGAGUGCAAGAGGCCGAGUGGCCUUCCUCCCAUCCCCUCCUGACAAAAGGAGACGGAGGCGGUGUCUGGAGGGGGGGCGGAAGCGUCAGUAGCAGGAACGCCGCCCAGUUGAGUUACUUUACUUCAGUGGGUUAGUCUUACCGGAGCAAGCCCGCACCUUAAGCAAGCGGGCGAUGAACGGCUUUGGCCCCGAAGAGGUGACCCGCGGCGGGGGAGAAGCCGCCGCCGUCCCGGCCGUUGUAGCUAACGCCACCGCCGCGGUGGAAGUCCUGCCGCCCCCGCCACCCCUUCCGCAGCCGGCGGCCGGGCUGGGAGCGACUUCGUCGGCUGCUGCUGCGACAGCCGCGGGCUCAGCCGGUCCCCUUGGGACUGCAGGACCCGGUGCUGGGCAGUUAUGCUGCUUACGGGAGGAGGGCGAGAGAUGUAACCGAGCUGCGGGCAACGCUAGCUUCAGCAAGCGGAUCCAGAAGAGCAUCUCGCAGAAGAAGGUGAAGAUCGAGCUGGACAAAAGUGCAAGACAUCUUUAUAUUUGUGAUUUCCACAAAAACUUAAUCCAGAGUGUCAGAAACAGAAGAAAGAGAAAAGGCAGUGAUGAUGAUGGUGAUUCACCAGUGCAAGACAUCGACACUCCAGAGGUUGAUCUGUUUCAGCUGCAAGUAAACACACUAAGAAGAUACAAAAGGCACUUCAAAUUACAGACCAGACCCGGACUUAAUAAAGCACAACUUGUUGAAAUAAUUGGAUGUCAUUUUCGGACUAUUCCAGUGAAUGAAAAGGAUACCUUAACCUAUUUCAUCUAUUCAGUGAAGAACGACAAGAACAAAUCUGAUCUAAAAAUAGAUAGCAGUGUUCACUAAAUAAACAAACUUAAGACUUACAGACCUAAAGACUGGUUUGGAUGUGCUGAGCUUUUUUUGUAUUAGUAUUCAGAGUAUUCUGAUGUUAUUUUUCUUGGGAAAAUACUAUUCUCAUAAAUUAGGUUUCCAUGAUGAAAGUAUUUUAAAUAAAUACUGUUGAUGUCCCUGUGCCUAUAGCUGAAUAAUAUCUGACAUUUGUGUAAGCUUUAAUAUUAAAGCUCCAUUUCAUUUAUUGAAAUCAGAAUUAUGUCCAAAGAAUAUUUUAAGGCCUUUAUGCAUCAGAGCUCUUAUAUUUUCUCAGGUAUAUUUUUUAAAAUUCUUAAUACCUUUCUAAGCAAAAUUUAAAGAUUAUGUAAGGCCACACACUUUACACUUCUAGAGAUUUGUCAUUUGACUAAAUUCGUACCUGUUUGUGUAAAAGCCUGGGAAACAUUGAUUUGCAAACUCUUUUAUGCUAAGUAGUUUUGUAUGAUGUCUGAAUUCAUUGAUCGUUGAGUCUGCAUUGCAGCUGCAGAGGAUUAUCACCUUAGAAAGGAAGAACUUUGAAUUAAACACUAGAACUACUUUUGUUUUUCAAAAUAUACUUCAUCCAUUUGAAUGUUGCUCAUGCUUUUUAAAUGCAUACAGAUUUUAUAAUGAAAGUGGUUGAGCAAGGAUAAGUAUAUUUAGCUAUAACAUUCCUUGGUGUCUUUGUAUGAUUUUGAAUAUUUGAUCUCAGAUUUGAGUGACCUCAGAUGCUCUUGUUUGCAUCCUUUGUCCUUUAUGUUGUAUGAUGAAAGUAAUGAUAAAGACAGUUCUUGUUUUUUCAUCUUAAAUUUAUUUUAUUGUCUGUAAAAUCUGUAUGCAUUUAAAAGGGAGUUAGGCUUGUUUGAAAACUCCAAGCAUGAUUUGCCCUCUGUGCCAUGCCUAUUCUAAAUCGUGAUUUAUACGACAUUAUUAAGGCUCAUUUGUGGCCUUAUGUUAAGGAACCAACAUUUCCUUUUUAUUUUAAAUAAGCUCAUUAUUAGGGUAUGUAGCAUUCUGGAUAGGAAGCAAAAAAGGUGUUUUUGAGAUGCAUGAUAAUGCAUUCUGAAUCUGAGAGCCUGCAUAUGAUGCUGCAUUUGUUUUCUGGGCUUGCCCAGUGUCUGUAAAGAUUCAGAAAAAGAAUCAUUUUUAACUAAGGAGGAACUGGCAUUGAUAAGCAUGGCAUUAUAUCUCAAAGACAUACAUAUUUUCCUGAAAUCAUGUGGCUGCUAUGCAGUGUCUUUGAGGAAAUACCAAGAAGCAUAAUCAUGCUUGGUAUUUCUUCAAACAGCCAGGACCUUUACUUUUCACAUAAUGUGCUGGAAGUCUCUACUUACCUAUUAUAUUACAGUCUAUAAUAACAAACCAUUUGAUUUUGUGGUCAGAAACUAUAAUUUUAUUGGUAAUGUCUUGAAUUGCUGACCUAACUGCUACACUUUUAUAACUGAUUUAUUUUCUUCAGUAGCAUACAAAGAAAUAUAGUCCUCGACAUUUGACCACAACUGAGCCCAAAAUUUCUUUUGCUAAGCAAAGAAUAGACAAUCAGAAAUAAACAAGUGAUUGCCGCAACAGUUUGCCAGUUGGCUUCUACAUUGCCAAGCAUUGCAGGACAAUAUAUUUCAGGAAUGUUCAUCAGAGUUGUGACAAGAUUUGUAUUUUGGGAAUUAAUUGCAGAUAUUUACUUUAUGACAUGCAUGUUGUAAGGCCACUCAACUCACACAAUGUGAUCUGGGUUGAAAACAAAAGCAAAAUACAUUAUUUUUAAAAAAAUUCCAAUAAAUAAAAUGUAAAUGUUAUAUGGCAAAGAAAUAAAAUAAUUAAACAAAGUCCACUUGACCCAAAUGUUGGUAAAUGAAUCAGGGUAUAGCAGAAGUACAGUUUGAUAGACCAUGGCUGGAUGUGAAAAAUAUUUUGUUCACCCAAUGAUGCCCUAUCAGAUCUUCCUGCUAAGUUUAAAUCUCUAUUCCUCACAAUCCUGUCUACUGUGUUUCUCCAAAAAUAGGACCUACCCUGAAAAUAAACCCUAGUUUGGUUUUUAAAGCAUGUGCCUAAUAUAAACCCUACCCCAAAAAUAAGCCCCAGUGAAGGGGAGUGGGCAUGGCCAGCACAGGAGUUGAUUCCCUGUCCAAGGAGCAGAUGGAGGCAGAGGCACAGGUGGGGGAGGCAGGCCAUGUGCCAUGCCUUGUGCCAUGCCAUGGGAAAGACAAGAGUCGGCCCGGAGGCUCUGUAGCAGCACCAGCAGCAGGAGGAGGCAGAGGCAUGGGGGGGGGAAGGCAGGUGACCUGGAAGCACCACAUGGGCUUUGGGAAGCCAAGAGUCAGUGGGUUGGUGUCUCUUGGCUUGCCUGCAGUCAGCACAGCGUGUUGGGAUUGCCUGCCUUUCACCCCAUGCAUGUCUGCUGCCAGUGCCACCACGUGAAGACAAGCCUCCUACAGCCGGCUGCCUGCUUAACCCACUGACUUGGCUUGCCUGCAGUUUGUGCAGCACAUCCGGAUUGCCUCCCCACCCCCCGCCUCUGCCUCUGUCUGCUGCUUGAACAGGGAAUCAACUCACCUGCUCUGCACAGGCUGCACCGCACAAGUGUCUGUCAACCAAGAGAUUAGGCUGCAGCUGCUGCCGGAUACCGUCAGUUCCCAUGUGCUUGCCAUCUUUGGGCGUGCUGGGGGGGGGCAUGCUGAUCACCCUGAAAUCGUGUUUCCCCAAAAAUAAGCCCUAGUGCUUCUUUUGGAGCUCCCCCAAAAUAUAAGACUGGGUCUUAUUUUUAGGUAAACAUGGUAUCUCACUGCACAUUGUCUCCCAGUCUUGAAUUACUUUUAUCUAUAGCUCUUCCAAUACAUGUAGUAAGAUGGAGCCAGUGAGUGAGGAGUGCUUAGUAAUUAUAUUUGUAUUAUUAUAAUGUCGAGUUUGACAAGUUAACAGAUUAAUAUUGAAACUGUAAUAUUAAACAAGAAUUUAUAUUUAGGCCAUACAGUCAUAUUCAUGUUUAUGUCCCUUUAUUCAAUACAGUUUGUUCUCAAUACACUACAUUUUUAACCUGAAAUUCAAUAUUUAUAAUUAUGAUUUCUUUCCACUAAUUCCACUUAGGUAUUAAAAUCAAUACUGACAUUUUUACAGGUUUCUCUGUAUUUUCGUAGGAGUAAACACUUUUGAAACAAA